GUGCAUCAUGGGAUAAAAUCCGGAUGCACGGAAAUGGAAUAUUCAGAUUUUAGUAUGAAUUGUUAUUUUCCGGUUUUGAAGCGCGCCUUUUUUGAUAGAUCUGAGAAAGAACGAAAACUAAAAUAUGCAGAUUCUUUAAGAAAAAGAAAUGGAUAGUAUCAUAGAUGAGGCCGAGGACGGCAAUGUGAAAGGCGUUGCAGAGAUUUUAUGUAAAGUACCAGAAAAAGAGAUCAUUGACACCAUAGCAAAAAGACUAUGUAGAGAAAAAGGUGAUCCAGUUUCUCUCCUUAGAACUGUUUUACAAGCUUCAGCAAGUGACCCGGGAAGCAGGAAGAUAGGUGUUGAACUCUAUAAAAGAUGUAUUCAGAUUCUGGAAAAGAAUGAGCUGUCAAGUAAACUGGCAUCAAAUCUGACAGGGAUGCUGUUGAUAGAGGCUGACACAUUAAACAACAGUGCUCUGGCAGAAAUCUCCUCCCUGUUCAUAGAUAUGGUUAAAGGUGGCUCCGUCCAGUGUGGAAAAGGCCUGGCACUACUACCUAAGAUCCUGUCAGCCUUGUCUGUAGAGGAGACUGUUUCUUUUGGAGAGAGCUGUUUGAGUGGAGAGAAAUACAAAAACCAUGUCAUCAACAGCCUCUGUUCCUGCAAAUGGAACACAAAGAGUGUCCUACAUUUAGCGGCCAUGUUUAAGGACAUCACCCUGACCAGCGAGGAAGUCAAGUUCGUCCUGGAGAAAAUCCUCAGAAUGAUAAAGGAGUUAGAACUGGCAGAUUUACCUGCCCUUGUUUAUCAACUCUUACUACUCUCUAACAAAGGCCACAAGAGACUGGUGAUUGAUGGUGUAACAAAAUACUUCAUAGAACAAGAUGCAACGCAUAAAGACCAUGAUCCUAAUGAAUUCAGUGAAGAUCUGUUAGAGGGAGAUAACUUCAGUGUGGAGACGCUGAGACAGACAGAGGGGACUAUUAUACUCCAUAUUAACUUCGCUAUCAGUAUGGACCAGGAACUGGGGAGGGAAUUCAUCAAGUUUCUCAAGAAUAACCAGUCUGACACUUCCCGAGUUCUGGCCCCAUUUGUUCUGGCUCUGUCUCUCUCACUGUCCAGGAUUCACAGAUUUGAAGGCCAGACAUUUGAUUUACUUAAAGCUACAAUUAUCAAGAGUUUUAAAGACAGUGAGAAACAGAAGCAGUCCAGCUGGGUACGAGAGAUUGUCCCUGAUACAUGUCACGUACAGGAGUAUGUUCUGUCUACAAUACAAAACAGCAAGCAUGGUUGGGACCAUGUGAUUCAGGGUUUGGUUCAGCUGGGGUUUGGGUUAAUGGAUGCCUAUGGUCCUAAGGGAGCCUUUGGUCGUGUAGAGCCGGGGAGUAUACAGACCGGCCCUUCCCACUCUGCUUGUCAGCUGGGGAAUAAGAUCCUACUCAACACAUUCAAAGCUCAUGACAUGGUCAGAGGUGAAAUUCUGGAGCAGAUUUUCAACAGGGUUGUUACCAAGGCCACAUCACCCGUCAGCCAUUACUUAGACCUGCUGUCCAGUACAGUGAUGUCAGCCCCCCAGAGGCUCCUUGAGUCCUCCUGUAAGGUCCGUGAGACGUUUGACUACCUGGCCUUCCUCACCCCCACCGCCGCCGAGGGACUACUGAAAGCCAUCCACCCCCUACUGAAGCUCAGUAUGUCACUCAGAGACUCGCUCAUUCUCGUCCUCAGGAAAGCCAUGUUCUCAAGGCAGUUAGACUCUAGAAAGAUAGGAGUGUUUGGAUUCUUGAUGUUCCUGAAAAAUUUCCGUAUUCUUGGUGGAAUGCCUUCCAGUCAGGCUAGUCAGCAAUUCUCCUCAAGUCAGGUACAAGCUGACAUCCAUGCUCGGUACAAUCCGGCCAGUAAUGAGGCGCUGUGUCUAGAAAUCAUGGGAAAUCUCCGUCGAGUUCUCACUCAACAAGCUGAUGUUAGACUCAUGUUCUACCAGGGAAUCUAUGAAGCUUUGUGUAAAAAUACUCAAAUAAUGGGAUCAGUUUUGGAAAUUCUUCUGAGUCAGCUAAAGAAGUACUAUGAGCCUACAGAAGAUGUGAACCCCCCUGUUAAACUGGAUCUCUGCAUCACAGCUCAAGGAGAUCAGAUAUAUCUAGCUGAACCGCUGGCUCACUUGAUCUGUUGUAUCCAGCUCUGCCUGAUUAAGGUCAGUGACAUUCGUCGUCAGAUGAGCGGUGACCAUGACGACACGGUAAUGGAGGACUCGAACCACACACAACAGGAACUGGAGGACAAGAUGGAGUCCCUCGUCACCCGAAUGAUUAAGUCUGAGAUGGAGGACUUUGAACUGGACAAAUCUGCCGACUACUCUCUAGCUAACAGUGUUGGGGUCAAAAAUAACAUAUUCUCCAUACUAGUUCUGGGGAUUUAUGAGUCUUUGAUGGAGUACACAUUCAACACUGGGCAAUACAGUGAGUCAAGCUUGCAGCAGAUUUUACAUUUGUUUGAGAAUUAUAAGAAAUUGAGUGAAGUUUUGAAAGAAAAAGCUGCUACUGGUGCUGGGAAGAAAGGGAAAACCCCCACAGGAAAUAAGACCCCCCUCAGCCUCCUGUCUAUCAGGGGGACCACAGAGAUCCUGAGGGCUCUCAUUAGUGAAACUGCACCAAGUUUGACAGAAAAUCUGAAGAUCUUGAGAGAUGACACGGACUUCAGAAGACAUAUUGUCAAUGUGGCUCUACAGAAAAUACAUCAGGUCCAGGAGAAGGGGGUGUGUGAUGGGGCAGAGGGUGGGGAUAAAACCAAGAUUCUCCAGUAUCUUAUCUGUCUGGCCAAGAUAUUCAUCACCCACUACACAGAAAAUCAGCGGCCCGAGGAGGAGGGGAAGAGAGACAGGAGUAAAUACAUCAGUGGCCAGUGUCUAGAGGGGCUGGUGGGGAUAAUGACCGUUAUAUCCCAGCGAUACACCGAACAGUUCUGUCACUGUCUCUGUGAAAUGGUGGACGCUGAUGAGUCAGAAGAUGUCCAGGAAGUUAUUUACAGUCAUAUUAAAAAGUACCAGCGACUGGUCAUGAACAUUUUGAAAUCUGACAGUGAAGAUAAGAACAUGAAGGAGGUCCAGUUAUUGCUGGGAAUUAUACAGAUUCUGUGUAAAAAGCUGUACAGCUCGGGGAACCAGUUUGAGAAAGUCUUGGACUGGGUUCACAAAAUCUGUACGGAGCAGAGUAUUGAUGACAUCCCUACCUGUAAACUCCUAUUCUCCAUGCUGUUGGCCAUCACCCAGCAGGUGAAGAGUUGUCCGCCCUUGUUACGCGACCUUUCACAGGAUGUACACAGUCAGCUGGGGGAUAUAGACCAGGAGACCCAGGUGGAGGACAAGACUCACUUUUCCUUGGUGACACACAGAACCGCGGCCCCGGUCCUGCUGAAUUUAGUUUUACAGCAGGUAGAGAGGGAACUGGACGAUACAGAGUGGGUGGUGGCCAGACUCCGGGCGGAGACUGGACAGGCCAACGAUGAAGCAGAGGUAGACCUGACCCAGAAGGAAGGCCAUGAGAGAAGUAUCUGUACCAGACUAGGUAUACUGGUCACCGCGUUCCAUGAGCUUGUCCAGGCCGCGGUACCUGUGGGGGGAUGUAUGGAGAACAUGGUCAAACAGGCCACCAGGCUGUACGGGACCCUAACCAUCCUGGUCAAAUAUUAUCUGAAUCUCUAUCAGCUAAAGGCUGGCCAUUUGUCAUCCAGGUUUGAGAAGCUCAUCAAAUUGAUUGGAACCCACUUAACACAGUAUUGCUACGCAAUGAUCACAUAUAUACAGCAAACAGAAAGUGAGCAGGUUCAGCAGAAUGUGGACAAAGGGAAAAAGGACAAGAAGAAGCAGGCUGCGGCUCUUAAUGCUGGAAAGGCACGGGUGCUGAAGGAAUCCAGACUCAUUCCAAACCUCAUUUUCUCCAUUGAAACAUUUGAAAAGUUCCUGAUUCAGCUGUCCAAAAAGUCCAAGGUGAACCUGAUGGAGCACAUGAAGAUGAGCACGUCUCGAGAUUUCCGAAUCAAUGUGGCCACGAUUCAGGCCGUGAUGGAGAACGACUCGGACUCACAGGAAUCAUCAGAGGAGGAGGAGGAGGAAGAGGAAAACAAUCAAAAUGAGGAGGAUCAGGAAAAUGAAGAGAACAGUUCUGAACAGCAAGAAAACACCGCUCCAACCAACACACGCCCCCCAGAGCCCCUUGAUCCACCACCUGCAAAGAAAUCCAAACUCGGAAAAAAGUCUAGAGCUGGCAAAGUGUAAAACUUCUUAUCUUUUUUAGCAGACUUUGUUAAUCCUCUGAUUUGUUAAGGCUUAUUUGUUAGGUAGAUAUGUGCCAAAUAUUUUAGACUUAUGUAUCUGUAUAAACAUUUACAAUUAAAUACUUGUAAAUGAA